AACAACAUCAUCAUCUUGAAUAAAGUAAGAAAGAAGAGGAAGAAAAUCGUUCCACACUUCGCAACUCUACUCCCACACACAAAUACACACUUGAAGAAACUGCAAAAAUGGCAGCAAUGGCUGCUCUUCAAAGCUCUUUUACUUCUCUUUCUCUCUCCUCCAACUCUUUCCUUGGUCAACGCCUCUUUCCUUCACCUACCUCUCUUCAGGUUAAAACCGAAGGUCAUCCACCAUGUCUUAUUGUCAUGAAGCUCAAGCGCUGGGAGCGGAAAGAUUGCAAACCAAAUAGUCUCCCAAAACUUCAUAAAAUGCAUGUCAAAGUUGGGGAUACAGUGAAAGUGAUAGCUGGAGGAGAAAAAGGCAAAAUUGGAGAGAUUAGUAAGCUUUAUAAACACAACAGCACGGUGAUCGUAAAGGAUAUUAACUUGAAGACAAAGCAUGUGAAGAGCAAAGAAGAGGGUGAACAAGGUCAGAUAAUCAAGAUUGAGGGACCUAUCCACAGCUCGAAUGUCAUGUUGUACUCAAAAGAAAGUGAAGUCGCCAGUCGGGUGGGUCAUAAAAUACUUGAGGAUGGAAGAAAAGUCCGGUACCUUAUCAAAACAGGGGAGAUCGUUGACACCCCAGAAAGGUGGAAGGAAAUUCAGAAUAAGAAGGAAGCCGAAACAGCUAUUGCUGCUCCUGCUUCCUAGAAAGCUUUACUUGAGUGAUGAUGUCUUUUCUGUGUGAUAUCCAAUCUUCCUUGUUUUUGAAGCUACUGUAAGAUGCUAGCUUAGCCAGAGAAUAGCAAUUCCACAUCUUUUUGUAAACAAACUAUUGGCAUAUUGAUUGCUGUAGUUAUCCAGGAUAUUAAUCCAAGUUAUAUGUCAUAAUUUGCCCUUUUCUUCUGUCUUCCCUGUUAAAGUGGCAUAGGAUCUUUCUGAAGAAGUUGAAGAAUCAAUAUUUCAGUAUCUUAAA